GCGUGGGCCGGAGGAGCGAAAGAUGGCGGCGCCUUGCUUCCCUACGCCAUUGUACAGGCAUGUGGGCCGUGGCUCCUUCAGCGACGUGUACGAGCCCGCGGAGGACACAUUCCUGCUGCUGGAUGCGCUCGAGGCGGCGGCAGCCGAACUCACGGGAGUGGAAAUAUGCCUUGAAGUAGGGUCAGGGUCUGGAGUGGUAUCUGCAUUCCUAGCCUCUGUGAUAGGUCCUCAAGCUUUGUACAUGUGCACUGAUGUCAACCCUGAGGCAGCAGCGUGUACCCUGGAGACAGCACGCUGUAACAAAGUCCACAUUCAACCGAUAAUUACAGAUUUGGUCAAAGGCUUGCUACCAAGAUUGAAGGAAAAAGUUGAUCUUCUGGUGUUUAAUCCUCCCUAUGUAGUGACUCCACCUGAAGAGGUAAGGAGUCACGGGAUAGAGGCAGCUUGGGCUGGUGGCAGAAAUGGUCGUGAGGUCAUGGACAGAUUGUUUCCACUGGCUCCAGAGCUCCUUUCACCAAGAGGAUUGUUCUAUCUAGUCACCAUUAAAGAAAACAAUCCAGAAGAAAUUUUGAAAAUAAUGAAGACAAAAGGUCUACAAGGGACCACUGCACUUUCCAGGCAAGCGGGCCAAGAAAUCCUUUCAGUCCUCAAGUUCACCAAGUCCUAAUCUACAGUGUGUGCUACUGAAAGCUGCAUGCAUUUGGCAUAUUUUGAAACAGAAGUCAUUUCUUAGUUAACAAGUAAAGUCAGAAAUUUGUCAUAUAGAAAAAGGCAGAAGAGUAAGGCAUUUCCUUUUACCCAGGAAUCAGGCCUACAGAAAUAUUUGCACAUAUGCAAGUAAAUAUAUAUAUAAUUUGAAUUUUAUAUAUUAUAUAUAUUAUAUGUGGAGAAUAUAUAAUAAAAAAUUAUAUUUUUAUAUGAAGAGGAUGUUCAUUUCAGCAUUACUUGUAAUGGCAAAACAAUGAAGUUAACCUAAAUGUCCAUCAGCAAAGGGAUUGGUAAAAUAAAUGACAGUAUAUUCAUGUUACUGAACAUGAGUGACAUAUCCAGCCAUUAAACACAAGUCACUUCUUUAUAUACUGAACCAGAAGGGGUUCAUGAUGUACUAUUGAGUAGUGAAAAAAAUCAAGUUGCAAAAUAGUACUAACCUAUAUGUAUAUUUUUGAAAAACUAACAAAAGAAAGUUUGUGUGUAUGUGUAUAUAAGAAAUUCUCAAAAGGUAAAUAACAGGUGGGAAUAGAGGAACUUUCAUUCUUUUGCGUUGGCUUUUGUACAAUGAUAGUGUAUUCUGUAAUUAAACACAAUCUUUUAUUUAAAAUGUUUUAAGUUUACCUUUACUUAUUGUCUCCAUUCUCUUUCUAUUAUUUAGAAUGGCUUCUGCCUCCAUUCUUCUCCUUGGUCACAUUUUUCCAACUUUUUAUCCUCUAUCAUAUAUUUCUAUUUUCUUCUUGCAUAUAUAUUGCAGACUGCUUUCAUUUUUUUCUUAGGUCUGGGAGAGUUCUAUGUAAAUAAACCCAGCACUCAAAUUAAUCACAUUUUUAAGAGCCCACAUGUAUCUUUCAAGAAAUGUCAAAUUACCCUUACUAAAUUUAGGAACCUCUUCUGUAACUUCUCCACCAUUUAAAAUAUACAGUUGACCCUUGAACAACAUGGGUUUGAGCUGUACGGGUCCACUUAUACACAGAUCUUUUUCAGUAAUGACAUACUACAGUAGUUCACAAUCAGUGGUUCGUUGAAUCCGUGGAUGCCAU